AUGGCUCCUUACACAUCAACUGAAAUGCAACUUCUCCGCCGUCAAUCCACCAACGAUGUUAGCUCUCGGCCUUGCGGUAAAAUCGUUUACGCAGCCGAAAAAGUUCGUGAAGCGAUUAUGGAUCAUGAGCAAACUAUUUCCACAACAACAACACCAAUUGCACCAAAACAACGAGCAAAGGUUGUGGUUUUGGGAGAUUCGGGUGUUGGCAAAACAUCAAUUAUCUAUCGACAUCGUUUUGGAACACAAUUUGUGUCGGUGAACGCGACAAUUGGUGCCAGUUUUGUAUCUUGUGAUUGGUGAGUUUUUUGAUACCUGACACAGAAUUAUGAGAAAGAAAUUAUAAAUUGUAUUUUUUUAAAAUAAAAUCCUAAAUUUCAGUGAAACUGAGCGAGAUGAAUCAAUUCGUCUUCAAGUCUGGGAUACUGCCGGACAAGAACGUUUCCGAUGUAUGGUUCCAAUGUAUAUGAGAAAUGCUGAUGCAGCCUUGAUUGUUUAUGACGUCACAAAUCGUGAAUCGUUCGAAGAUGUUGAUAAAUGGAUGGAUGAAUUAGAAAGAUCUUGUGGAACAGAUCAAACAAAUAUUUAUUUGAUUGGUAAUAAAACUGAUCUCGUUGAGAAACGUGAGAUUUCAACAGUUGAAGGAAAAGCAAAAGCUGUCAGAAUAAAUGCCAAAUUUUAUGAAGUUUCGAGUGAUGAACCAGAUUGUAAGUUUCUUGAGAAAUAUUUUUGGAUUCUAAAAUUUUAUUUUUCAGUAUUCUCAAUUCUUCUUUCGGAUGUUGCUGAAGAUGUUCUUUCGGCUCGAGAUAGAAUCAAUGAAAUAUCGGAAGAAAUCGAUUCAAAAACAUCGAUCAAGCUAAAAACUUCGAAGCCAAUGAAUAUUGAAAUUGGAGAAAUGACUGUUAUUUCAUCGCCCAAAAAAUCAAAAUGUUGCUCGUUACUGUAAUUUCUCAUAGCUUUUUUCUAAAUUAUUUUUGUUUGUCACAAACUAUUACGUGUAUUUUAUUUUUUUUUAUUGUUUUUUUUCUAAUAUUUUCAGGUUGUUUUAGGGUAUCCAAUGUCUUUCAUUUUUCAUUGUUUUUUUUCAAAUAAUAUUCGUGUAUUCCUUUUACUGGUCAAAAUUUUUUGUUGUUGAAAUAAAAACUUUCAAAAAAUGUGAAUCACUAUGGAUGAUUAGAUGUGAAGAUAAUCUUGGAUUUCCGGAUGAAAUUUCAAAUUUCCUGGAUUGGGCGGAGUACUUCGAUGUUUGAAAUAACUGAUUUUUGAAAAAAACACGCAGAACAUUCUCUAGUUUUUCGAUUUUUGAGAUUUUGUUCUACACAUAUGUAGUAAAAUUAUAAUUGUUGAUUAGUUUUUCCUCUGUUCACAAAUCUACGAAUUCUCUUUAGAAUUCUUCUAAUUGCGAACUUUCUUCUUCUCAUAAUUAUUUUCCCCAAAAUUAUUGUUUUGCCAAAAACUUCUAAUUAUAUGAUUUAGUUUUACUCCUAAUUUUUUGAAAUUUGCGGUUUUUUCUGAUUAUUGCUCAAAAAAAUCAUAAUUUUCAUUCAUUUGGAAAAAAAAGUUUUAAUAAAUCAAAAAUCAAUGUGUUUAAAAAACUUGAAUUUUCUUUCAGAAAAAUUACAGUAUCUAAAGAACCCAUUUUUUCUGAAAAAAAUAAGAAAACAUAAUUCUUCUUUUUAUUUUCUUUUUUUCUCACCAUGACGACCACCCUCAUCUUUUUAUCUGCUAAGUUUUUUUUCUAAGAAAGAAAAAGCCUAAACUCUGAGACAAUUAAUAUGAUUUCCAGACCACCUUGAACUUUUCGAAAUAAAAAAUCAAGAUUUCAAAUUCAUCAAAACAUAUUUCAAUUCUCAUUGAAUGACGAGACAAUUUCUUAUUUUUCAAAUUCGAACAGGCAAGGAUUAGCUUUCCUCUGAUUGCUAAUACGGAUAUUUUUCGGCUUGAAAAAAAUUUUUUGAGAAAAAAAAUGUUAUUAUAUUUUUAUUUUUUUUAGGAAUCCCAAGUCGCCCACAUUUAUUUUCUCAUCAUUUCUUUUUCAAAACGCUAAUUUUGAAUGCUUUCUGAAAUACAUGAGAAUGGAAAUAUUUCAGAAUUUUUUAAAUUGUGUUUCCGGAAGUCCUGAUUUCAUCUGAUGUCUUUUAAUUUUUUUUUAAAUCGGAACCAAAUCCAAGAAAACUUCAAACUUCCGGAAACGUUUUUUUGUUGAGAAAAAUUCAAAGAACUACACUUCUCCUAAUCCAAUCUUUUCAUAAAAUCUCAACUUCUUUUUUUUCAACAAAAAUUAACUGCAUUUUUGACUUGAAUAUAUCUAAUCAAGCAUUCAUUUUUUGAAAUCUGAUAACUUUUUUUUCUCGAAAGUAUUUAUUCUUUGUGCUCGAUAUAUGAAUAUUUAUUCGUGCUUGCUUGCUAACUAAUAUCAAAUUUCUUGGUUUUUUCUUUCAUUAAAUUUUUUUAUAGAUUCUUGCGGAAGUGUUUGCUCAUCGACGGAAAUAUGAAAGAUCAAGCGAUUAGAAAAAUUCGAAGUGAACCUCCAACUUAUGCUUCAAUUCAAGUGAGUUCAAUGAAAAUGUGUCCGGAAAAAAUAGAGUUGGAAAAUUAUAUCAAGUUUAAUUUCCGGCAGUUUUUAAUAGUAGAAAAAUUUGAAUGAAAUUUUCUUUAUUCUAUGCACUGAAAUUUAAAACUUUAAAAUCUUGGUUCUUCUAGUUAGACAUGAAGUUCCUUCUGUAGACUAUUACAAAUUUCAUGAGUGAUUUCAAAAAGUUUCUAAAACUUUUCAAAUCUAUAAAUCCAGACAUGAAGAAAUCAAUAUGCUCUUAGCUUUUUCUCAAUAUUUUAUUCGAAUAUUGCAAAAAACACGAAGAGAUUAGAGCAAAUCUAACUCCCACAUCCAUUUUUAUUCUAUUUUAUUUUAUCUCAUCUCAUAUCUUUUUCAUUUUUUAUAACAAUCGAAAAAAAAACGCAAUAUCCUGUUCUUUUAUCAAAAGUUUAAACCCUUUUCCCCAUUUUUUGCCUUUUUCUGAAAAAAUGUAUCGAAAAAGUCUGAAAAUUCAGGAAGACACAGUUGAAGAAGAAGAAGAACCAGAUGCAUCGGAUUCGGAAUCGACUAGAAUCCCACCAAAAUUUGUAGCCACCCAAAGAAGUCACGAUGAGAGUAGACCUUGUCAUGUUAGUUUAUUUUGCAAAUUUUUUGGAUAAUUCUAAAUGUUGUUAUUUUAGUCGCGCGAAGACACACUUUCCCGUUCUGUUUCUGCUCAAAGUCUUCCGGUUAGCAAACUAAAAGAAAUGGCUGAUAUGACACCAUAUGAAAGAACAUUAUAUUUGUUGGCAAAUGAUCAAAUGUAUCAGAAAGAGGUAAAUUAAAGUCACAACUUUGGGAUAACCUUUUUUUAAAUCUAGGUUGCUCUUGGCAAACGAAUCGGUUUCUAUCGAUUGGGCAAAGAGCUUGGCGCUGGAAACUUUUCGAAAGUCAAGCUUGGUAUUCAUGUUCUCACCAAAGAAAAAGUUGCUGUUAAAAUAAUGGAUAAAGCAAAAAUGGAUCAAAAAGCUCAAAAACUAUUGGCUCGUGAAAUUCAAUCAAUGGAAAAAAUGAAUCAUCCAAAUAUAAUUAAAAUAUUUGAAUGUGUUGAAACUUUGACACGUGUUCAUUUGGUUAUAGAAUAUGCGAGUGGUGGUGAAUUAUAUGCUUAUAUUCAUGAAAAAGGAAAAUUAUCGGAAGCUGAUGCGAAACCAUUGUUUGCACAAAUUGUAUCAGCUGUUGCACAUAUGGUAAAGAAUUUAUUUUUGAAAAAAAAAAUGCGAAAAUAUAUUUUCAGCAUUCUCGUUCACUAGUUCACCGUGAUAUAAAAGCUGAAAAUGUAAUGUUCAGUGGUCCGGGAACUGUGAAACUUGUCGAUUUCGGGUUUUCAUGUUUGGUUCAGAAAAAUACGAACCUCGAAACAUUUUGCGGAAGUCCGCCAUAUGCGGCUCCCGAAUUAUUCAGGGAUAAAUCAUAUGUUGGAGAAUUGGUAGAUGUUUGGGCGUUAGGUGUAUUAUUAUAUUUCAUGCUCGUUGGUGUCACGCCAUUUCGUGGCGAAACUGUUGCAGAACUCAAAACGGUAGGAUAAAGAAUCUAGACUUUCACAAUUUCCAUUCAUUGUUUGCAGAUAAUAAUGACCGGACAAUUUCAAAUUCCGGAAUAUGUAACACUUUUGGCAAAUCACUUAUUAUCUGCAAUGCUUCAAACUGAUGUAACCAAACGGGCAGAUAUUGAAGAUGUGAAAAAGAAUUAUUGGAUGAGAGAUUGUCGAUUCACAAAAUCUUAUUUAUCCAUUAAAACCGAUGUUUCUCCAGAAAACGAUGAAGCUGAAAAAGCAGAAGUUAACACUAGAGUGGGUGUCCUGAAUUUUUUUUUGAAAAGUUCAUAUCAAUAGAACAUUUUCAGGUCUGGCGAAUUAUGAAUUCAUACGGAAUACAAAAGGAAAUGUUAGAUGAAGAUGUUCGAGAAAAAGGACCGCGCGAUUCAAUUAUUGGAACUUAUCGAAUUGUUCAAUAUCAAGUUCAAGCAGAAGUAUCCAAGGUUUUUUUUUGGAAAAUAUUUUACUUAUGGAAAUCCAAAAAAAAAUGUUUUCAGGGUCCAAAAGAGAAAGAAGAAUCGAGUUCAACUUCAAAUGGGAAUUCGAUAAAUAAUUAUCGGGAUAAUCGAAAAUUGAAAAAUCGCAGUAAAACUUGCGUGAUUCUAUAAUGGGUCAAAAUUAUUAUUAUUAGAAUUCUAUUUUUCUAUUUUUGUUCUCUCGAAUAAAAUGUCAAUAUGACAAAUUCUUCUCUACCCACAAUUUUCAGCUGUUUCGCAGUUUUCAGUUCAUUUCUCUUUCAACACGCGGCUUCUUCAAUUCUUCUAAAAAAAUGCAGUCUGUCAAAAAUUUAUCGUUUCCCCAUGUUUUCUCGACUUUUCCGGAAGAUUUUGAGAAUACAACAAUAUUUAUUGAAAAGGCGAGAGGAAUGAAUACAUUGUUCUCAAGUUUUUCGUGUAUUUUCUCAUUUUUCACUUGUUUUAUUGUUAUGAAACAUAGUUCGAAACUCAAAACAGAGUAAGUUUUUUUCCUAAUUUACAGAUUCUGUAGAAACUUCAACUUUCACGGGUUUUUUUUUGAAAUUGAACCAGGAAUUUGAGCUCAAAAAUUUGAAGACUUCGGUUCAUAAAAGAAAAAAAAAUAAAAAAGUGGCCCAAUUUCAGAUAUCGAAAUAUUCUCUUCUGUCAGUUAUUAUUGGCUGGUUCUGGUGCAAUAUUUAUGUGUCUAGUUUCACCCUUCAUUCUUUUACCAUAUCCAGUUCUUCUAACUACUGGCCCUUUUGUUGUUAGUCAUAAAAUCACAUGUGAGUUCAAAAGUUUUUUUUCAUCUACAAAAUAUUAUGUUUUGGUAACUUAUUUACUUAUAUAAUAUUUCCACCUGUUUUCGUCUAAUUGAAAAAUUCUUUCUUACUUACAGUAUACCUAAACUUCACUCUUUAUACAAUAUACUUUUUUCCAACAAUGCUUCUUCUUUCGUUCGGAUUAAUUUACAAUUUCAUUUCACUCAGAACUCUACAUACAAGUUUAUUCAACAUUUCCAUCGAUAGACUUUUGAAAAUUCUAAUUUUCUGUUCCACAUUAUUUUUGCUUGUUUUCAACACAAUUUUAUUUUUGGCACUUUUUGAUAUGGAUCAUCAUAAUCUUCAAAAUCAAUUGAUCAAAAAUAUCGAAAACGGUGAAAAAGUAGUGGAAAUUUUCCAAAAUUAUGGAGCAUUCGCAUUUGAUAUUAAUUCAUGGCCAAUUUUUAUGGCAUCUUUGGAAGCAAUCAUUUUAUCUUUUCUAACUUUUCUAUUUUGUUUUAUUAUGGUAAUGUUGUAAGUGUUCUUCAAUUUAAAUCCAUCAAUUAUUUUCAUAAUAAUUUCAUAAUUUCAGAAGUUGGAAUGAGUAUGAAAAGCAAAAACAAUCAGUUUCUCAACAAGUUUCUCGAAAUCAUCGAAUGAUGUUAUAUAUGUUAAUAUCAUAUGUUUCACAUUUUCUAAUAUUUUUUGCAAUUCCUCUAACUCUUUUCACAAUAUCUCUUCAUUCAACAACCCCAUUGUUGUAAGUUCGAAAACAAAUAACAACUUUUCUUCUUCUGGAAGAAAAGCAGAUGUUAAAUAAUGAAAAUUUCCGGAAUAAGUACAAAAACUACAUUUUUGCAGUGGUCGUAUGACAUUUACAAUAAUAAUGUCGCCAGCUCAUAUUCUUGGAAUAUCUUUAUCAAUAACUUAUUGUAUUAUUAUAACCCCAUAUCGAAAUGUUGUUUCAUCAUAUAUUUUUAUUUUGACAUGUUCACAUCCAUCUAAUCGAUGUUAUAAUGCAAGUCGACCUGAUCUUCAAUUAUCUACAAUUGAUAAUUCAGUGAUGUUUCGAAGAAACUCAUUUGUUAGUAGUUCGGCACAAUUUUCUUGA